CUUCGUAAAUUAUUGCUUCUGUGCCCGGUUGGAGAACUUUAAAGAAGUUUAGUUGGAGUAGCACUAUUUGAGGCCAUAUCGCUAACUUGCCAUGUCAAGUUCCAUUAAUUUCAUAGAAAAGGCUAAAGAACUGGUUAACAGGGCUGCUACCGAAGACCGCAGUGAGAACUAUUCCGAAGCUUAUCAGCUUUAUGUUCAAGCAUUAGAAUAUUUUACUUAUGCCAUUAAAUAUGAAAAAAAUGUUAAAAUGAAAGAAACUAUAAGUAGCAAAGUCAACCAGUAUCUUACCAGAGCAGAACAGCUUAAAGAAUAUCUUGAUAAGAAACAAAAAAAAACGCCGAUGGCUCAAGGCUCUGGUGGCGCUACCGGUAAUGGUAAGGCGAGUGACGAUGAUGAAAAAAGGGACUUGCAAAAAGGACUCAUGGAUGCGAUUGUUUCGGAGAUUCCUAAUGUCAAGUGGGAAGAUGUCGCUGGACUUGAAAUGGCCAAGGAAGCUUUAAAAGAAGCCGUCAUCCUGCCUUUGAAAUUUCCGCAUCUUUUUACUGGGAACCGCACUCCCUGGAGUGGUAUUCUGCUCUACGGUCCUCCGGGCACAGGGAAAUCUUUUCUAGCUAAGGCCGUUGCUACAGAGGCAAAAUCUACUUUUUUUUCUAUUUCUUCUUCUUCUUUGAUCUCGAAAUGGCUUGGUCAGUCAGAAAAAUUAGUGAAGAACUUAUUUGAAAUGGCACGCGAGCGGCGUCCAGCCAUUAUAUUUAUUGAUGAAAUCGAUUCGUUGUGCAGCGCUCGCUCUGAAGGGGAAAGUGAAAGCGCCAAGCGCGUGAAAACAGAAUUUCUUGUGCAGAUGAAUGGCGUUGGGUACGAUACUAGAGGAAUUUUAGUUUUGGGGGCUACGAAUAUCCCUUGGAUCCUGGAUUCGGCCGUCCGGAGGAGGUUUGAAAAGCGAAUCUACAUAUCACUCCCGGACGUUCAGGCUCGUACUUGUAUGUUUGAGAUGUACAUUGGCGACACGCCGCACACUUUAACUCUAAAGGAUUUUCGUCACUUUGGCGAAAUGUCUGAAGGAUAUUCUGGCGCUGAUAUUAAUAUUGUUGUUAGAGACGCCUUGUUUCAACCAGUAAGAAAGGUUCAAUCCGCUACUCAUUUUAAAAAGAUCUACGGCGUUUCGCGUGACGGAAAAACAAAAAACUUUAUGUAUCUCACUCCCUGCUCUCCCGGCGAUCCCGAAGCUAUUGAAAUGAAUUGGAUGGACGUUGAUGGUGAACAACUCCUGGAGCCUAAAGUUUGUAGGGCGGAUGUGCUUCUUUCGUUACAGCACGUAAAGCCGAGCGUUAGCGAAGAGGAUCUCAAAAAACAUAUUGAGUUUACGAACUUUUUUGGCGUUGAAGGCUGA